AUGAAACUACGAUACUCUUUACUAUUCAAACGAUAUAGUCUGUCCAAGCCACUUUACAUUACCACACCCAUAUUCUAUGUCAAUGCAGCUCCACAUAUAGGUCAUUUGUAUUCAAUGCUAAUUGCAGAUACCAGAUCCCGGUGGGAGAGGUUGAACCCUUCUAGACUGGCCUACAUGUUGACUGGUACUGAUGAGCACGGGUUGAAGAUUCAGAAUACUGCAGAAAAACUAGGUAUUGAGCCCAAGGAGUUGGUUGACAAAGUUUCCACCAACUUCAAAUCACUAGCAUCACAAUUGAAUAUUAAAUAUGAUAGAUUUAUUCGAACUACCGAUUUAGAUCAUGUUGAAGUAGCACAACACUUUUGGAACUUGAUGAUGGAAAAGGGAUACAUCUACAAAGGAACGCAUAGCGGGUGGUAUUGCAUUAGUGACGAAACAUUUUAUCCUGAAUCAAGUAUUGAAGAAGUUGAAAAAGAUGGUAAAAUCAUUAAAAUUUCAGUUGAGUCAAGAAAUGAGGUGGUAUAUGAGACAGAAACCAACUACUUUUUCAAACUUUCAUCAUUUCAAAAGGACUUGAUUGAAGUUUUGAAGCAAAAACCUUACUUUAUUAAACCGAACCAUCGGUACAAAUUUAUCCUCAAUGAGUUGAUGACGAGUGAGUUGCCAGAUCUUUCGGUUUCCCGGCCUUCUUCACGAUUGAAAUGGGGUAUUGAGGUACCCAAUGAUUCAUCGCAAAAGAUUUAUGUUUGGUUUGAUGCGUUAUUGAACUACCUCACUGCCACUGGAUUCCCAAAGAGAUUCAAACAAGAUGGGACUGGAUUUAUCACCCCCGAGAAUAACCCCUGGCCAGCAACACAUGUUAUUGGAAAAGAUAUAAUACGAUUCCAUUGCAUUUAUUGGCCCAUAUUCCUAAUGGCUGCUGAAAUUGAACUACCAAAACAGGUCAUUGUUCAUUCUCAUUGGUUGUGUGAAGGUUUCAAAAUGAGCAAAAGUUUGGGUAAUGUAGUUGAUCCAAUGGAAUUGAGUGAAUAUUAUGGGGUGGAUCCAGUUCGAUUCUUUUUAACAGAAAAUUCCAAUAUUGAUGAUGAUUGUAAAUUUAGUGAAGCUUUAUUGCAGAGGAGUAGAGAUGCACUUGUGGGGAAAUAUUGUAAUUUGUUAUCAAGAAUUGGUGGUAAGCUGUUUGAUAUUGCUCAAGCAGUGAAGCAAGCUAAUAGUGGUGAGUUUGAGAAAAUUGAUGAAUUGAUUAAUCAGUAUAGCUUGAAAAAGGAAAACAUUGAUUCAGUUUUGCAAUUGUCAAAGGAGUUACAAGAGAAUCUCAACAAUUCUUAUCAAGAAAUGAAUGAAAAAUUUACUAAUUUCGACUACAUACGAGCAAUCCAAGUUUGGUGGAAAGCGAUUAAUCAAGCUAAUCAAUUGUUUCAAAUGGCUGAACCAUGGCUAUACGUGUCAGCAAUCAGAGACUCGCAAGUAAGUGAGGAAACAGCACAUCAAUAUCAAUUGUUAGUCAACUAUUUCGUUUAUCUAUGCUCGGAAACGAUACGUAUCAUGUCGAUAUUGAUUCAACCAGUGAUGCCGCACUUGUCGGACCAGAUCUUAACUAGGUUGAAUGUGAUUCCAGAAAGGCGUAAUUGCGGUUUCACCAAAGUUGGUGCUGAUUUAGACUAUGGUGAGGAUGCCAACUCCACUCUGUAUAAACCACCUUUACAAAAAAUUAAGUCAAGAGUAUGA